ACUUCCCCUCCUCUCUUGAAACCUGUUUCUUUUUUUUCAAGAGACAUAAAUGGCUUUGAAGUCGUUCAUCGAUGUCCAUCCCGAUUCCCAUUUCCCCAUCCAAAACCUUCCCUAUGGAGCUUUCAAAACCCAACCUUCCACUGAACUCCCCCGUCUCGCCGUCGCCAUCGGCGACUAUGCUCUGGACCUUUCUGAGAUCGCCAAAGCCGGUCUUUUCAACGGCCCUCUACUCACCGGUUCCGAUUGCUUCCUUCAGCCUACUCUGAACAAAUUUUUGGCUAUGGGGCGACCUGCUUGGAAGGAAGCACGUAAAACUCUUCAAAAGCUAUUGUCAUCUACAGAACCAACCCUGCGUGAUGAUACGGUGUUGAGGCAGAAGGCACUCCUGCCAACGAGCAAGGUGGAAAUGGUUCUUCCUAUGGAAAUUGGAGACUACACGGACUUCUUUUCAUCCAUGCAUCAUGCAAAGAAUUGUGGAACCAUAUUUGUUGGACCUGAAACCCCGAUUCCACCAAACUGGUUCCAUCUUCCCAUUGCAUAUCACGGACGAGCAUCAUCUAUUGUCAUCUCCGGAACUGAUAUUAUUAGACCAAGGGGUCAAGGUCGUCCAACUGGUAACUCUCCACCAUAUUUUGGACCUUCAUUGAAGCUAGAUUUUGAACUUGAAAUGGCUGCUGUAGUUGGUCCAGGAAAUGAAUUAGGGAAAGCUAUAGAUGUUAAUGAGGCAGCAGAUCAUAUCUUUGGAGUUGUCUUGAUGAACGAUUGGAGUGCUCGGGAUGUUCAGGCAUGGGAAUAUGUCCCUCUUGGACCCUUUCUUGGAAAGAGUUUUGGUACUACAAUAUCCCCAUGGAUUGUGACCCUAGAUGCUCUGGAGCCAUUUGCAUGCAAUGCUCCUAAGCAGGAUCCCUCUCCACCGCCAUAUCUGGCUGAGAAGAUAUCCAAAAACUAUGAUAUUGCGUUGGAGGUUCAAAUUAAACCUUCCGGACAAAAAGAUUCAAGUGUGGUUACAAGAAGUAAUCUCAAGAACCUAUAUUGGACGUUGACUCAACAGCUAGCACACCAUACAAUCAAUGGUUGCAACCUGAGGCCUGGCGAUCUCCUUGGAACUGGGACCAUUAGUGGACCUGAGCCAGAUUCUCUUGGUUGCUUGCUGGAACUAACAUGGAAUGGACAGAAACCACUGUCGUUGAAUGGGACAGCUCGAAAGUUCUUAGAAGAUGGGGAUGAAGUAAUAUUCACUGGUUGCUGCAAGCAGGGGAGUGGUUACAAUGUUGGUUUCGGAACCUGUCGUGGUAAGGUUGCCCCGCCACGAGAUUGAGGACUGUGUUGUGUUUGG